UGGGCAACCGCGUAAACAAGCGAGAAGAAUUCAGGCCGAGUUGAAGAUUCCCACAAAGAACCGCCUAAAAGGGAUGCCGCCCCCCGCUGCGAAGUGCGCCAGUGAGCCGGCCGGGAAGAGCGCGGCAGGAGACGGGCCUCGAGAGGGGCGCGCCAAGCGGGUGCCCGCGACCGAGCCCCGCGAGCCAGGCUGGACCCUGACGUUGGAGGGGCUGGCCGCCAUGAGCCCCACGCAGCGACACCGCCACCUGCUCUUCGGCGACCUGCUCAAGGACGUAGGCGCGGCCGCCUCCAUCUUCCCGCGCGAGUCGGUGGAGCUGGAGUACCUCAUGCCCAACCCCCGCGCCUGGACGCAAAGCGAGCUGCCCACCGAGCGCUGGAACCGGCUCCUGGGCGUCCUCAAGGCAGCCGAGGCUCGCGGACGAGUCCGCGCGCUGCGGCUGCGCUACACCCGAAUGCGGGCGGAGGAGAUUGCGCUCCUGAUCCAGCGGCAGGGCUCAGCGCGCGCCGCCAUCAGACUGGAGACGCUCCUGCCGCCUCAGCUGAAACCCACGCGGAUUCCGGACCCUCUGGAUCGGCAAGAGCGGAGGCGCGUGGAGACCAUCCUGGAGGAGACCGUGGAUGGCAGCAUCUUCCCGCGAUGACAGUGACCCAAAGUGUGCCCCCGCACCCUCGGCCUUACAUAAAGUUCUUCUCCCAGGACUCUCUUGUCUUUCUGUUGGCCUCCCUGAACCCCCACAGGGAAGGGAAGAGGAAUAUAAACGCUGCC